CCUUAAAGGGCGUGCUUUAGGACCCUGAUGCGCCUCUGUGGGGAUAUGACCAAAUGCGCCAUGACUCCCUAUGUGAAGCUCUUAUUGCAAAACGGAAUGUUCCUGUCAGGCCCAUGUAUGUGAAUCUCAGACUUUAAUAUUUUAGAAGGAAGAACCUGUCAAGCAACCCAGAGAGAGAGAGAGAGACAGAGCUAAGAUGGAGUGCGCUUGGAAACCAGACGAGCAAGGACUUCAACAGAUUCUUCAGCUUCUGAAAGAGUCCCAGUCUCCGGAUACCACAACGCAAAGAUCCGUCCAACAAAAACUGGAGCAACUCAACCAGUAUCCAGACUUCAACAACUACCUGAUAUUUGUCCUGACAAAAUUAAAAUCAGAAGACGAGCCCACUCGCUCCCUAAGUGGACUCAUCCUCAAAAACAAUGUGAAAGCCCACUACCAGAAUUUCCCCAACGGCGUGUCUGAGUUCAUCAAGAACGAGUGCCUGCAGAAUAUCGGAGAUUCCUCGCCCCUGAUCCGGGCCACUGUGGGUGACACACACACACACACACACACACACAGGACAUCAGAGACUCCUGAUGCUAUCCCUCAGAUCUGUGCGCUGUUUGAUAGUCGUGAUUUCAACACCUGCAAAGGGGCGUUUGGAGCGCUGCAGAAGAUAUGCGAGGACUCAGCCGAGAUUCUGGACAGUGACAUGCUGGACCGGCCACUCAACGUCAUGAUUCCUAAGUUCCUCCAGUUCUUUAAACACAACAGCCCCAAGAUAAGGUCUCAUGCCAUCGCUUGUGUUAAUCAGUUCAUCAUCAGCCGCACUCAGGCUCUGAUGCUUCACAUCGACCCCUUCAUUGAGAAUCUGUUUGCGCUGGCGACGGACGAGGAGCCGGAGGUUCGGAAGAACGUGUGCAGGGCUCUGGUCAUGCUGCUAGAGGUGCGCAUGGACCGCCUGCUCCCCCACAUGCACAACAUCAUCCAGUACAUGCUGCAGCGUACGCAGGACCAGGAUGAGAACGUGGCUUUGGAAGCCUGUGAGUUCUGGCUGACGCUUGCUGAGCAGCCCGUGUGUAAGGAUGUGCUGUCUGGACACCUAGCACAGCUCACUCCAGUGCUGGUAAAUGGAAUGAGAUACUCAGAGAUCGACAUCAUUCUCCUGAAGGGUGACGUGGAGGAGGAGGACGAGGCCAUCCCUGACAACGAGCAGGACAUCCGGCCCAGAUUCCACCGCUCGCGCACCGUUGCCCAGCAACACGAGGGAGGCGACGGCAUCGAAGAGGAAGACGAUGAUGAUGACGACCUGGACGAUGACGACACCAUCUCUGACUGGAACCUGAGGAAGUGUUCUGCCGCUGCACUAGACGUUCUAGCGAAUGUGUUCCGUGACGAACUGCUGCUGCACAUCCUCCCUCUGCUCAAGGAGCUGCUGUUCCACCAGGAGUGGGUCGUCAAGGAGUCGGGCAUCCUGGUGCUGGGAGCUAUCGCAGAGGGCUGUAUGCAAGGUAUGAUCGCAUACCUCCCCGAGCUGAUCCCCCACCUGGUGCAGUGUCUGUCGGAUAAGAAGGCGCUGGUGCGCUCCAUCGCCUGCUGGACGCUGAGCCGCUACGCCCACUGGGUGGUCAGCCAACCGCCGGACCAGUACCUGAAGCCCCUAAUGACCGAGCUGCUCAAACGCAUCCUCGACGGCAAUAAGAGGGUGCAGGAGGCUGCCUGCAGUGCGUUUGCUACCCUGGAGGAGGAGGCCUGCACGGAGCUGGUUCCCUAUCUGGCCUUCAUCCUGGACACGCUGGUGUUCGCCUUCAGCAAGUACCAGCACAAGAACCUGCUCAUCCUCUAUGAUGCCAUAGGAACCCUCGCAGACUCUGUGGGACACCACCUCAACAAACCGGAAUAUAUCCAGAUGUUGAUGCCUCCACUGAUUCAGAAAUGGAACCAACUGAAAGAUGAGGACAAAGACCUUUUCCCUCUGCUGGAGUGUCUCUCGUCCGUGGCCACUGCUCUUCAGAGUGGCUUCCUGCCCUACUGUGAGCCGGUGUAUCAGCGCUGUGUCAACUUGGUGCAGAAGACCCUCGCUCAGGCCAUGUUGCACCAGUCCCAACCAGAUGCGUACGAGUUCCCUGAUAAGGACUUCAUGAUCGUGGCCCUGGAUCUGCUCAGCGGAUUGGCUGAGGGACUGGGCGGUAACAUCGAACAGCUGGUUGCCCGUAGCAACAUCCUCACUCUCAUGUACCAGUGUAUGCAGGACAAAAUGCCAGAGGUUCGCCAGAGCUCUUUUGCUCUGCUGGGAGACCUCACCAAAGCCUGCUUCCAGCACGUCAAACCUUGCAUUGCGGAUUUCAUGCCCAUAUUGGGGACUAACCUGAACCCUGAACUGAUCUCUGUGUGCAACAAUGCAACGUGGGCUAUCGGAGAGAUAUCCAUUCAGAUGGGUGCUGACAUGCAGCCCUACGUUGCUAUGGUAUUGCACCAGCUGAUUGAGAUCAUUAACAGACCCAACACCCCAAAGACCCUACUGGAGAACACAGCAAUAACAAUUGGUCGUCUUGGUUACGUUUGUCCUCAAGAGGUGGCUCCCAUGCUACAGCAGUUUAUAAGACCCUGGUGCACUUCCCUGCGGAACAUAAGAGACAAUGAGGAGAAGGACUCGGCAUUCCGAGGGAUCUGCACCAUGAUCACAGUCAACCCCGGGGGAGUGGUGCAGGACUUUAUAUUUUUCUGUGAUGCGGUGGCCUCAUGGGUCAACCCAAAGGACGACCUGAGAGACAUGUUCUACAAGAUCCUCCAUGGCUUUAAGGACCAGGUGGGUGAAGAGAACUGGUGCCGGUUCUCUGAUCAGUUCCCGCUCCCCCUGAAGGAACGCCUUGCUGCGUUCUACGGAGUCUAACUGUUCCCCUAGCAACAGGCAGGCCUCAGGAGGUCAUUCUGUAUAGGCGUUAAACAGGGAGCCUCUUAUACCCAGGGAAUAUGUUGCCCUUUACUGGGGGAAGGGUGGUGUGGCUGGGGAGGGGGGAGGGAUAGGGCCCCCCCGGACCCCUCUGGAUGGGGUGGGAGGGAGGUGAUGGGACAGUCGGCCCCGACGACGGGAAUCACCAAAAUCCAAACGGGACUCGGCUGACUUCACCGAGGGAGGAAAAACUUCACCAUUUCACCGUGGCAAGACCCGACGACGCCCAACAACAACAACACAACACCCUCUCGGCACUCUCAUCUGAACUAUCAGCACCACAUCUCUGCGCUGAUGGGGGGAGGCAAAAACAAACACAAACAAAAUCAGGGAAAGGGAGGGAAAAAUGCCAGAGAGGGAGAGAAAAGGUGAAGAAAUCACCAGGCGUCGUUGGGUUUAAGUUUAUAGUAAAGGAAGUGCCUACUGUGCAACUUACUCAAGUUUAGUGCUAAAUAGGGGGUUUCAAAUCCAGCCGCUUCUUGUCUUCUAGAGCGUACCAUUACAGAAGGGAUGGGGGAGGGCUUAUGGCUGACCUAGGCGUCCCAUAAGGUAAAAAGCAUGGAGGGGAUAGUUUAAACUCAAAUGCAUGAAGAUGAAGAAACUUUAUAGUGCAGACUGUCCGUCGAGUGUAUGGCCACAAAAGCAUAGCUGAAACUGUAACCAGUGCUCAGUGGUAAACGGUAAAUAAGUACACUUAACGAAGUACACUUAAAUAAGUACAUGUGGGAAGCAUUUCCCGGUCCGUCUCUCUGCCUCUGCAUAUGUGUGGGAACCAGAGGAGAGGGCUUUGAAAGACAUCCCAAUGUCCCCAUAGUCAUAUCUCUGACUGUGGAGAUGUUUGCUUAGUAAUGAGAUGUAACAGCUCGUUUGUCAUCUUUAGGACAACAGGACCGUUUAUCACAGUAUGCACCAGUGCAACAAGCUCUUCU